AGUAAUGGAAAGAAGGGUAAAAUAGUUGGUUUGAGGGAGGAUGUGUGGCACCGUUGCUCGUCACAGCUGAGCUUGUGUCGCCAGUUAUGUUGAUCAGUCAUACGAAGCUCACCUCUGAAUUAACAUGUAAUUAACAUCUCUCCUUGAUGAAGUUACGAGGUAGCAUUACAAGUAUAUGAGGAGCCAUGGUGCAGUGCCACAUCCCAGAAGUCAAGGGUGGGAAAGGUGAUAGGCUCUUGGAAGAGCUUCUGCAACCUCCGGUAAAGUCACAAUUAAGGUUACAAACAAAGAAACGUGCUCUGCUCAUUUUGACAUCUGUAGCAGUGCUCUUAGGAUUCCUGCUGACUGUGAGCAUUUUCAUUGUGGUCACUAGCUUGCGAUGCAGUGUCUUAGAUGCUGAAACCAUAAGAGAAAAUGAAUACACUAUCACCCCAGAUGAACUGCAGAAGUCCAGGGAUUAUGCCAAAUGGGUUAAAAACCUGCCCACUUUGAUAACUUGUGGUAUCAAUUGUUUGUUCUAUAACUUGGUAUCAGAAAAUGUGACAGAGCCGCAGACCAGACUGGAUCCUCCUUUGAAGCCUCGUGUCAAAACCAACGAGAGUCUGUGUACUGAUAUUCCUCUGAGCAUGCGCUUUGACUGCCACCCCGAUGAUUCUCCUACACAGGCAUCUUGUGAAGAGAGAGGUUGCUGCUGGAGAGAGGAGAAGACUCUAGAGAGGAAGCAGCCUUACUCCUCUCCUCGUCUACAUCAACCAACUCACGGUUCAUCUCAUGAAGGCGGCUUACCACUGAAUGUACCAUACUGCUUUUAUCCUCGGGACUACGUAGGCUACUCUUUUGUGAAUUACACCAAUGAAAUCCAUGGUUAUACUGGUUACCUGAAGCGAGAGAUUACAAGUGGUUUUCCUGGUGAUGUCCCUAUUCUCAAGAUGGAUGUUUAUUUUGAAACUGAGACAAGGCUGAGAAUCAAGCUCACGGAUGCAUCACGAGCACGCUGGGAGAGCCCCAUACCUGUGGUUCCUGAAGUAACGCACGGCACCAAUGCUACAGCAUAUAGCUUCGAGGUUCAUUUAGAAGAUGGAGCCUUCACUGUCACGCGCAAAAUAAAUGGCCUUCCCAUAUUUGAUACAUUGGGCAUGGCUCCCCUGAUCUAUGCUGAGCAGUUCUUGCAGCUAUCUACCAGCUUACCCUCACACUAUAUAUAUGGCCUCGGGGAGCACCAGGAUGGCCUACUGCUGGACACCUACUGGACUCGACGUGUUCUCUGGAACCUUGAUAAUGUUCCUGAGCCUGGGACCAAUUUGUAUGGGAGUCACCCAUUCUACAUGGCAUUAGAACCAGGUGGUAAUGCUCAUGGUGUGUUUCUUCUCAACAGCAAUGCUCUGGAUAUAGUGCUUGGGCUAUUCUCCAACCUUACGAGCUCUGGGUCCAUCAUUGCAGUUUCUGGCCCAUCACUAAUGCCCUUUUGCCAUCCAUUGCAUUUGCCAUUUACACUCGUUCAUCCAUAUGUUUUCAGAUUUGGCUAUGGAUCAGUGAAGAGGACUCGUGAAGUCUGGCAGCGGACACGUGAUGCUGGAAUUCCCUUUGAUGUACAAUGGAAUGACAUCGACUACAUGAAUGACAGCAAAGAUUUUACUGUUGAUCUCGUCCAUUAUGAAGGUCUUUCAGAUUUUGUCAGUGAAGUUCAUCAGGCUGGGAUGCACUACGUUCCAAUUAUUGAUCCUGGGAUUAGCGCGGCCGAGCCGCCUCACACUUACCCGCCCUGGGACGAAGGCGCCCGUUUGGGCAUUUUCAUCCGUAACUCGUCAAAUUUACCUUUCAUUGGCAAGGUGUGGAAUCCUGUGGGUACAUCAUGGCCUGAUUUCACACAUCCUCUCUCUGCAUACUACUGGGGCCGCCAGCUGAUGCGCUUCCACAAUGAAAUACCGGUGGAUGGAGCUUGGAUUGAUAUGAAUGAACCUUCCAACUUUUGGUCUGGCAGUGUUGAUGGUUGUGAAUCAAAUAACUUGGAACAUCCAUACUUCCUACCAGCAGUGCAUGGUGGUCUUCUCUUUUACCACACCUUGUGUAUGAGCUCGAGGCAGCACUUGGGUCUACAUUACAAUCUACACAAUCUCUUUGGCUUUACAGAAACUAUUGCUACAAAUGCCGCCUUGCAGAUCAUUCGAGGGAAGCGACCAUUCAUAAUAUCCCGCUCAACAUUUCCUGGACAAGGUAGCUAUGGAGGCCACUGGACAGGCGAUGUGUGGUCUGACUGGUUCAACUUGUGGCAGUCUGUUGCUGGAGUUUUAAACUUUAACAUGUAUGGGAUACCAAUGGUUGGUGCUGAUAUAUGCGGAUUCAAUGGCAACACAACAGCCGAACUUUGCAUGCGGUGGAUGCAGCUGGGUGCAUUUUAUCCAUUCUCCAGAAACCACAAUACAGAUGACGCCUUUGACCAAGACCCAGUAGCUCUAGGGGAAGAUGUUGUGAUAGCAUCACGUAACGCCCUCACUCAACGCUACAUUCUCCUGCCGUAUCUUUAUUCACUCUUCUUCCGUGCACAUCUCACAGGAGAGCCAGUGGCUAGGCCACUUUUUUUCCAAUUCCAGAAAGAUCCCAAAACAUAUGCUAUAGAUACACAGUUCAUGUGGGGCUCGGCACUCAUGAUACUCCCAGUUCUCCAAGCGAAUGUCACGAGUGUGAGAGCUUAUAUACCUCAUGGUAGCUGGUAUGACUGGUACACUGGUCACCCCAUGGAAGGUGAAGGGGAUUACAUUAAACUGGAAGCUCCCAAGGACAAAAUUCCCUUACUGAUUCGUGGAGGUCACAUCCUUCCCAUCAGUCCACCUGCUAAUACUACUAGUGACAGCCGCAAGAAUGGUAUUGGUGUUGUGGUGGCACCUAGUCAGUUUGGUCGAGCUGCUGGAGAGUUUUACUGGGAUGAUGGAGACUCCAUUGAUGUAGUGAAGAGUAAGACCUACACCCAUGUGCGGUUCAUCUCAGGUCCUGGCAUUGUCAACUUCAAUUUCACGAUAAAUGGCUAUACAGCUCCAGUCAAUCUCACUUACAUGUACAUCCUCAACGUACUCACCAACAUAACAGAGGUUAAUGUUGCUGGUAAACAAGCACACUUCCAGUAUGAUGACUCAAACAAGGUUCUGACAGUCACUGACAUAGCCCAGAGUCUUCUACAGUCAUUUACUGUCACAUGGAAGUAGAGAAAUAAUCUUAAGUGAAAAUGGGAGGAAGAAUGGCAAAUAUUAUAUUCAGUAUUGUAUGGUUGUGAUUACUGUAAUUUUUUUGUGAGGGAGAUACCAUAAGUACUUUAUGGAAUUCUUUUAGAUCAUAUUAUUUUUGGCUGAAAAUAAUGUAUGAAGCAUCAAUAUUUUAGAAUCUUUAUAAAGAAAUAAUUGUUGAUAUAGCAAAUAAUUUUUUAGAAAUUUAGUCAAAACAAAUUAAAAGUUAUAGAAGUGUAAUAACAAUUUUUGGAUCGUAAAUUGAAUCUCUGUGUGAUUUAGAGAUUAUCUAGAGAACAUCUUUCAUUUGGUAGUCUUAAAUUAUGUUGUCAUAGUUCUUGGUAUAUAAUAUUUUCCACCAUUCUUGUUUCACAUGAAAUAUCUACAUAUAUAUCAUAAGUAUAUAUACUUAUUUAGCUAGAAUUUAACUAAAUACUGUAGCACAAAAUUCAUUUUAACAUUUGUCAUGAAUUUACGAUAUUGUAUUUAUGUACACAUUGUAGAUGAGUAAGACAUGUAUGCAACAUUUUGGCAUCAUUAUUACCAUAAUGUUUUGCUGGCUCAGCAUGCUUCACUACUUGAAAUAAAGAGGUGACCUAAAUACUGCAGAUAACAGAAGUACAGUAGGGCCCCACUUAUACGGCUGGUUAGGUUCCAGGCUACCGCCGUAAAGCGGAAACCGCCGUAAAGUGGAACAGCCUUUUUUUCCACUUACAAAUGCAUACAAACACUAGAUAACAAGUUUACACUAACAUAUAUUAAGUUAGCAAUAGAACCAGGCAUCAAAAAACAAUAAGAAAUCAAGUGUGGUAUGUAUGGUAGUCAGCCGGGCUACCAUACCAGGCCAAGCCACCUACACAUAAUAUUCUAUUACAUUUAAGCAUCCCAGAGCGAUAAAAUGUAUAUACAGUUCCCUCAUUACUUACC